UUAACUACCUUCAGACGGUCGUAGUUGCUCCCGCAGUUUACCCCAAAAGAUGAGGUGGCAGUUUUUUGCCCGUUGGUAUAAAGAUGACGAGGACAAGGCCGAGAUGGAGGAGGACGAAGGAAGAUGCGAUGGAGGAGGCUGAAGAGGAGGGGGUGGCGGAGGAGGAGGAGGAGGAGGAGAGGAGGAGGAGGAGGAGGAGGAGAGGAGGAGGGGGAGGGGGAGGACAAGGAGGAGGAAGAGGAGGCGGCGAUGGAGGAAGAAGUGGAGGAGGAGGAGGAGGAGGAGGAGGAGGACGAGCAUGAGAGGACUACUACGACGGGGUAGCGGCUGGAUCCCCUCACCUCCGUCUUUUUUGUUUUUUUUUGUUCAAUCAAUCAGCUGGCUCCCC